AUGGAAGGUCCCCAAAUUGCAUUUUUCGUGCUGCUGUUAGCGUUGACAGGUUACCUAGGUAACCGAUUAUGGACGGCCAUCAAUGGCCCCUCGUACAAGGAGCGGAUCCAGCGGUUGGCUGCCGUUGACCACCAGCUACAUAACCAUACUGUCGAAUUCGCUCGACCAGAAAUCAUCCAGGUAACGGAUGGUUUGUAUAUGGCCAUUGGAUACGCGCUAGCCAAUUCUAUAAUGAUAGAAGGAAAAGAUGAGAUUGUGAUUGUUGAUGUGACGGAAAGUUACGAAACUGCAUUGGAGAUCAUGGCCGCCUUCCGAAACAUAACGAAGAAACCUGUAGCAGCCAUCAUUUACACACACAACCAUGCAGAUCAUACGUAUGGCGCAAAGGCGUUCAUCGAAAAAGAAUCGAGUCCUCCUGAUAUAUGGGCACAUGAAAGUAUUAACAAAGAAUUUCAACGAACGUUCACAACGAAUACCGCUGGGUAUCGACGGGCAAUGCGACAAUUUGGUGUCUUCUUGCCAGAUGCAGUGAAUUCUGGGAUUGGAAAAAUGUUGAAGUAUGGCGAUGGAAAAUCGACGCUUGGACUGGUUUUCCCAAAUAAAUUUGUUCAUAAAAGAGUUACUAAUCUUACAUUAGCAGGCAUUGAAAUGUCAAUUGUUCACAUUCCGGGUGAAACGGAUGAUCAAAUUGGUGUUUGGUUACCAAAACAGGAUGCAUUUCUCUGUGCAGAUGAUAUGUACAAGGCAUUUCCAAAUCUAUACGCCAUUAGAGGAACGCCUGAUAGAAAUCUUCUUCAGUGGGUAGAGUCCAUAGAUACCAUUAUAGAAUACAACCCACAAUUCCUUGUUCCUAGUCAUACGCGCCCUUUGGUGGGGAAAUCAAACAUACAGGAAGUUCUGACAGUGUAUCGCGACGCAAUUCAGUAUAUCCACGAUCAAACAUUACGCUACAUCAAUAUGGGAAUGGACCCUACAGAUAUAGCAAAUAAAGUCACAUUACCAAAAAACCUUAAAGAGCAUCCAUAUUUACAAGAAUUUUACGGUACUACCGAAUGGUCGGUCAGAACAGUGUUCACCUCGUACUUAGGAUGGUUUAGUGGUGAUGCUGUGGACUUAUCACCGUUGUCAAAAACAGAAAAGGCGGAUAGAAUGAUUAAACUAGUCGGUGUCAAUAAACUCUUGGAACAGGCACGUGAAGCACUGCGAACAAAAGAUUUUCAAUGGGCAUUAGAACUCUCUACUUACGUUCUGAUAACGAAUCCUGGACACAGAGAAGCGACGGAAAUAAAACUCGACUCUCUGACGUCACUUGGUUCUCGGCAAAAGAGUGCUAACGGACGGAAUUAUUAUUUAACAAGUGCAUUUGAAGAAGCAAGUUUAAUUGAUACUUCAGUUGGUCUUCAAAAAAGUCGAGAAAAUGGUGUGAAAUUGUUACCAAUAAAUUUAAUAUUUAGGGCCCUUCAGAUACGUUUUAAGCCUGAAGACUGUGGUCAUGUGACGACAAGUGUAUAUUUCUCGUUCAAAGAUUCUAAUACUCAUAUUUCACUUACAAUAAGAAAUGGAAUAGCGAUUGUCAAAAAUGGCGCAUGCUUACAGUGUGAUGUCGUCGUUACGACUACCGAAAAAGUUUUUAAAGACAUGAUCGGAAGUAGAAUACGAUCAAUUACAGCCUAUGGUUCCGGAGAAAUAGAAAUUCAAGGGGGAGCUAUGAACUUCAGAAAUAUUAUGUCUUGUUUUGAAAGAAGCUGAUUUCAAUACAAUUGUCGAACUCCUGCAAUUCAACUUCCUACAAAAAGAUUCUGAUAUUUAUUUGUACAAAAAAAUAUGAAAAUAUUCUGAAAGUUAUAAAGUUGAGUCAUCCAUCGUGAUAUUAAAAAUGUGAAAAUAUAACGAAAAUCAAAGUGGUCGACCUUUAAAAAAAUCCAAAAAUA